AUGUCCGCGGCCAACGGCCAUGCACAGCCGACUCAGCAGGUAGCAUAUGCCAAUGUGGAUGACGACGACGACGACGAAGACCUUGACCUCCGACGUCUCGCGUCCACGCGCUCGCUCGACCCAGAGCAGCCCGUUCCCGACGAACCACCACGGCCUCCCUCCCGUGUCGACGAGGACAACGCGCCUCCGCCAGCGGAAGAAGUGACACCACUACGCCUGGGAGCGCACUAUGCUGUGCUAAUCCUUGCCGCCAUGCUUGGCACUCUGAUCCGAUUGGGACUGGACGCGCUUGGGGCGUACGACGGCGCCGCCAUCUUUCCUCUCGCGUGGGCGCAAGGGGUGGGAUGUGGGAUCAUGGGUCUUGCAUUGGCGAGGAAGAACCAGAUUGUGUGGAUUUACCCACCGAUGUACACUUUCUUCACGACCGGCAUCGCGGGAUCCGUCACGACGUUCUCAUCGUGGAUGCUGGAAGGCUAUGAGGCAUUUGCCAACUUCAACCACUAUGACCGAGGCGGAUUUCACAAUGCGGUCGACGGUAUAGCGUACUCAUUUGCGACCUUUGCCAUCGCCAUCGCCUGCCUCCACUUGGGCCAGUUCAUGGGCCGCUGCCUCCCGCGCAUCCCUCGCCCCGAGGCACUCCACACCGUCUCCCAUCGGUCGCCGUUCCUUGACAGUGUUACAUUCCUGGUGGCAUCACUGAGCUACCUCGUCGCGUUGAUCAUCUACUUUUUCGCUCCGCACCCGUGGCGUCACCGCGCCGUCUUUGCGAUCCUGUUAGCUCCACCUGGCGCCAUGCUGCGGUUCUUUCUCGCCAAGAUCAACACCCGCGCGGCGUUUAUCGACAGGUUCCCUUUGGGAACGUUCAUUGCCAACAUGGUCGCCACGCUCGUCCUCGCUGGCGUGGUGGCCGCGCAGCAUCGCCCGGCAGCUGGCAGCUCGGCUGUGCGGUGCGACGCGCUGUACGCUCUCCAGCAAGGGUUUUGCGGGUGUCUCUCCACCGUGUCGACGUUCGCCGUGGAAGCCCGUGCUAUUAGGGGCAAGAGGUGGAAGUGGAUAUACGUCCUCGGCAGUGUGGUCCUGGGACAGGUGUUGGUCCUCGCGGUGCUUGGCGGGGUGGGAUGGGGUGUAGGGUAUGUGGACGUUUGCACCGGGUCGGAUUAG